AAAAAUAAAUAAAUAAAUAAAUAAAUAAAAAAAUAAAAGAAAAAAAAAAAAAUAACAAGAAAAUCACUAUAACGAUCUUUGCUUUGAAACUAUUGUAAUUUAAAAAUAUUGAUGUUUCCUUCAAGUCAAAACAACGGCCAAUAACUAUAGAUUACUUACUGUUGUUCGCUCUCGAGUCUUUUGCUAACAAUCGAUUGAAAAAUGGACCGUUGCGCUGCUUUGGUACUUUUCAUUUUAAUUGGUUCAAGUCUAAUCGAUUUAAGAACUUGUGCGGUAACCUACGAAGAUAUACGUGGUACGUUACAAUCUUUGAUUUAUUCUUAUAAUCAAUUGGAUAAUAAAUUGGAAAGACAUGAGCAUCGUGAACGGGCUUUAGGUGAGCUCAUGAAAAAAGGUAUGAUUGCCUUACAGAAGGGACAAAAAAAUUUGGAACCUAUCAAUGGCAUAUUCGCGCGGUUAGACGAAAGAGUUAGUCAAAUUGAAACCAUGUUGAUAGCACAAGAGGAAAAAUACAAUAUUCAAACGGAAAAAUUGGGUGAGGCUUUGGAUCAUAUCUUUAAAUGGAUGCGAGAUAAUGACGAAUGUAUGAAACGACCACCAAUGCCAGCUAUGAGUAGCUUACAAGAACCAAAACCCACUGAACCGAAUAUACCACCGGAGUUCGUUAAACAACAAGAGGAUAUUAAUAGACAAAUGAUGGGCGAAAUGAAAGAUUUAUCAUUGGGCAUCGCUAACUUAUUGGACAUUACGCGAAGUAUGAUGGAGCAAACCGAGGUGGCCUUUAAAAGUAGUCCUGCUACACAAGAGAUGCUUUCGAAAAUUGAAGAUCGUUUAAUAAGCUACAGUGUAAUGACACCGCCGCCACCAUUGAUUUUAGAACCUUUGAAUAAUACUGAAUUUGAAAAUAAAGUUUUCAAAAUUUUGGACGAAGUUAAUACCGGCAUAACGGAAUUAAAAGAAAUGCCCCGACAACCAGAAGGUCUCUCCUUAACAGAUAAACAAUUCAUAGAGACGUUAAACAAUGAAACUUUACAUGCCUUAGAACAUACUAAAAAUGAGAUUCGGAAAGCUCAUGACGAAGAAACUGCUGAAAAGAUGAAUCUUAUGAAAUUCAUAGAAAGUCUAAACAAUGAAACUUUGCAUGCCUUAGAAUAUGCUAAAAAUGACGUUAAGAAUGCUAAUGAAAAAGCGUUUUCUGAAACGGCAGAUAUUAUUAAAGAGACAGAGCGAACUUUAAGCGGUAACUUGAAUACCGUACAAGAUAGUGUCGCGGAUUCGGCAAAUGUCCUACAAGAAUUCUACAACGAAAUGAAUAAUAGUUAUAGUAAAUUUAAUGAGGGCUUGGAAAUAUUUAAUAAGUUCAAUAACAUAUUAAUGACUAAUUCUGAAUAUGUUUUGGAUACACAACGUAAAGUUGAAUUUGGUACGAUUCAGAUUGUGCAAAAGAUCGGCGAUUUCUUGGAAAAGCAUCGUAACGAAAUUAUUGCAUUAAUGGAAAAACGUUUCGAUAAUGUUGAUGAGACAAUGAUUAAUAAUCAAAUAGAAGCGAUGCAAAAUUUUAGUUCACUUAUCGAAUCCGAAAUCACACAAGUUUGGCAUCAAAUCUCUAUAAUGCAUGAAGAAUUGAUGGCGACAAGAGAUCUCUUGAAAACGGUCGAUGCCCGCAAUGAAGCAUCUGUAAAUAGCACAUACGACAGCGUCAAUGCAAUGGGUAUCAAGGUUGAGGACAUCAAAGGUCGCAUGCUGGAUAUGGAAUCAAAUUUGAAUUAUUUAUUAGGCAAAUUAUCGCUUAUUUCUCAAGAAUUUAACAAUAUUAAAACUGGCUUAGGUGAAUCCUUGGACGAGCUACACAAUAUUUUCCGUUCAGUAGAGAACAAAAUACCCCGAAAAGAUCCGCAAGAUAUAAAUUAUGAAACAGAAUUGAAUCUGUUACCGAAACGUCACAUAAUUCCAUGAAGAUAGGGAAUGAGACUUUGCGGACCCAUAAUAAUAAUAAUAAUAAUAAUAAUAAUAAUAAGUC